GGCGGGCGGUGGACUCGCUGCUCCCGGCGGGCCCGGCCCGGGCUGGCGGGGGGGGACGCGGCGCUGGCGGGGCCCGACCCGCACCCGGUCCCCGAGCCCGAGCCCGGACCCGGCGGGCCGGGCAGGGGACGGGCCGGGACGGGCCGGGUCGGGGACCGGUCGGCAGGCAGGCAGGCAGGCAGCGGGGGCCCGGGCCUCAGCUCCCGGACGGCGGAGCCGGGCAGCGCCUCAGGUGGAAGAUGGGACCGUUUCCCUUGUGUUUUAGGUGACUCUGACACCUGGUUACCAUGAAUUCCCGAGGGAGAUAGAGGGACAGUAGUGGGAAUUUCUUCCCGCUCCUCCAAAAAAAUCCAACAAUUGCCUAAUGGGAUUGCCUCUUAGGCUGACGUCAUGGGGAGCUGCUGCAGUUGUCUGUGCAGAGACAGCAUCCCAGACAACCAUCCCACCAAAUUUAAGGUAACGAACGUGGAUGAUGAAGGUAACGAGCUGGGAUCUGGGAUUAUGGAGCUGACACAGACGGAGCUCAUCUUGCACACUCACAAGCGAGAUGCUGUCAGGUGGCCCUACCUCUGCUUGCGCCGCUAUGGCUAUGACUCUAACCUCUUCUCCUUCGAGAGCGGUCGUCGCUGCCAGACAGGGCAGGGGAUUUUUGCCUUCAAGUGUUCCAGAGCAGAGGAGAUCUUUAAUCUGCUUCAGGACCUGAUGCAGUGUAACAGUAUCAACGUAGUGGAAGAGCCUGUUGUCAUCACCAGGAACAGUCACCCCACAGAGCGGGAGCUCUCCCGGACCCCCCAGGCACCCAACAGUCUGGGGUACACUGUCCCAGGAUUUCCCAAUGGAUUUCACAGCUUCCCUGGAGAAACCCUAUCAUACUCCGCAGUCCGCCACCCCUCUGUGAGCAGCCUGAGGCAUUCCUCUGUGGGUGAAGACUCUACUCAUGCCCUUAUUGGGCCUGAUGAUCAGUCCCACACCUACGUCAACACGGCCAAUGGUGAUCAGGAGCUGAGGGGCCGACAUUGUAUGCACUCCUUGCCUGAAGUCCACCCUCCUUUCCCCCAUAGGAACCGCAGCUGCUCCCUCGAAGACCGCAAUCCCCAGGUCUUUCUGCAGCCGGGGGAGGUUAAGUUCGUGUUAGGUCCCACGCCAACUACAGACGCGUCUGUCGGCACCACCGGGAGUGCAGGACGCACUUCUGCCCCCCCCCCCAACAACAACAACAACGAGUGUGAGGAGGAGUGCCCUUCACCCCAGUGCGUCUACGAGAAUGUCAACGGCUUGCUGCCCCCAAGCACCACCUCCUCUCUCUGCCGAGGCGGGCGCUUGAAACUCACCCGGGAGGACACGGGCUUACCUGGCUGCUCCCAUCGCAGAACGGCGUUGCUGCACUAUGAGAACUUGCCGUCGCUGCCCCCAGUGUGGGAGUGCCAGCCGCUCCGGCGGGGCGAGGAGGAUGUGGGUGCCGGGGACAUGCUGACGCCUUCCCCCAAUGGCUGCUCUGAGGCUGGUGAAGAAGAUCCCCUGCAGAACUACAUGAACUCGGAGAACACCGCACUGCAUGGGGACAGUGGCCAACGGCGCAGCGGCUUCCUGCCAAAGCCUCGUCGCGGCUGCGUGCCCAGCGUCUUCAGCUUCGACUUCCCCCGGCCCUGUCCAGAGCAGCCGCGGCAACUCAACUACAUCCAGGUGGAGCUGGAGGCUGAGCCACGCAAGGGACAUCAGAACCCACCGGUCCCCCGUGUCCCACCUCCUGCCACCCACGAAGCCCGCCGGACGGACUCCUACGCGGUCAUUGACCUAAAAAAGACAGCGGCCAUGUCCAGUUUGCAAAGGGCCCUGCCGAGAGAUGAUGGGACUUCGCGGAAAACUCGACAUAACAGCACUGACCUGCCUCUGUAAGGGGGAACGCCAAGUGCAAGCACUGUGUCGUGGCUUUGGUACCUGCCCUUCAGUGUAUUGCCCGGUGUGACUUCCAUUCGCCAUAGCCUUCUGCUUCCCUGUUUACCCCAUUACCUGGUGUCAUGGGAUGGCUCCUACAGCUGAUGUUAAGGCUAGUCUGUCUGUCCGUCUUCCCCUCUCCGUCUCUCCCGUGUAGUUUGUUUUUAAAGCCUUAUGGGAUAUUUGAUGACACUGUUUGAAGGUUAAAUUUCUGGCGAGAGGGGCAGAAGGUGCCAGCAACAGUACCGGCACUGUGUGGAUACAGCCUCGAAUUGGGUUAGCUCUACUGAUUGCCUAGCAGCUCCACGAGCAGUGCCAACAGCCUGGCUGCAGAGGCAGGGCAGUAGCAUGGUGGAGGCGUGUUUCCAAAAGCACGUUGCUUUAGGAGCUCCACUGCAAAUCCAGCCUGUUUCCCGAGGAUUUCAUGCCUUGCGACUCCAGGCAAGCUCUGCAGCUGGGCCAUUCCAAAGUCGGUUUUGCCUUGGGGUUUCGCUGAUCCCUGAUGACUUGGGAACUCAUGCUGCGGUCUUUUCCCCCUCAACUCGCUCCUUUCUCCUAUUUUUUUGAAGCUUGUAGAAGCCUUUUAUACUUCUGUCCCUUUCUGAGAUUCAGUUUAAAUUGGGCAACUCUAGAAAUUAAUAGAAGAGGACAGACAGCCAUGGGCACAGACACUGUGAUCACAUAAACCUGAUUUCCUGAGGAGACCCUGCUUUAAAAGGGGAGGGGAAGACCGCAAUUAUGAGAGAGAUUUGAGGCUUGGUAUAGAAAACUUCAAUUGUGCCAUACUCUGUUUUGUUUUUUAAGGGUUCUUUUUGGUGGCCGUUCAGAAGUGUUGUUGAUUUAUUUAUUUGUUUACUUAUUUAUUUAUUAAAUGUUCUUUUGCAUCCCAGUGGUAAUUGCCAAAACCGGUGCCAGUAUGAAACAUGUAUUCGCUAUGGCUCACUCCUGUCUGGGGAACAGAUCUCAGAAGAGGUUGAUGGCUUUGCUGAGCUGCAGUUGGGGAAAAGAGCAGCUGUGAAUCAAAAUUUUUUUUAACUGGGACUGACUGUCACAGGGUGGGUGGGAAAUGGUACGGGAGACGUGGGAGUGUGAGCAGAGCUGCCAGGCAGCUGAGCUUGGAGUUGUAUCAAAGUCGCUGCCUACACCCACAUGCCUGGCUGGGUCCAUGAGAAAUAUUUGAUCGGUGUUUUGAGUGAAUGUGCAGUUUGUUUCCUUCAACUACGGACUUGGAAGGGCUAAAUUUUGGCUCUUGGGUAAAUUUGUGGCCUUUGAUGUGGAUUUUUCUCUUCAUACCAGGGCUGAGUCUAAGCUGAGCUGUCGGGUCUCUGUGUGAGGUCCUGUGUAGGGUCUGUGCUCCUCUCCCAUCGCAGGAUGUUCCACCACCCCUCUCCGCAUGGUGACACACUGCAGCUUAAUCCCUCCCUGGAUUACUCUUUGCCUUUAUAAGCUGUUUCCAUGAGACAGAAGUGCCCUGGGUUACUCUGGAGUCCCACCUUUCUGCUGUCUGUAUUCUUCAUCUUCCUCCCUGGGAUAGGAGUUGAGAGAUCCAGUGCUGCGAGGUGUCCUGCUGCCAGCAGAAACAUUGCCAAACCUUGCUGUGUUCUCCUUGUCCGUAACGUUUUCCGAUAUGGAAGUCAGUGAGCCUCCAGUGUGAAAGAGGAGGGAACUCGAUCAUCCAGCUGCAGCCUGCUUUUGAGGUCCAGAAACUUGAUUUCCAGAUUUUUGAAGUUCAACCUUUUUGGUUUUGGUGCUGUAAUGUCAUACUGAAAUGUGACCCUUUUGGGAGCAAGGACAUGUGCCAUGCAGUUCAGAAAAAGUGAUAAAAGUAUGAGUAAUGCCAUGCCUGUGUCGGCAGAACAUGGAUUUCUUGGCUUGCCGUUGCACUGUAAACUCAAAGUGCACCACAUGCUUAAAUUAACUGUUUUUUCUUUUUUUUUGGAAGUCCUUGUGCUUGUCUUCCAUUCUUUUCUCCACCCCAACCCUUGUGUGAUCUAUAACGGAAAGGAAACCCAAAUAAUAUAUUUUUAUAUGUGUACCAAAUGACUUUAUUUGAAGGAAAAAAAAAAAAAAAAAAAGACAAGUAAUGUAUCCCCCUAAAUCUAGCUUUCUUUUAGGGAAGUGAGGGAAGAAAUUGUUUAUAUAUAUAGUAAAAAAAAGUUAACUGCGUUAAGCUUUAAAUUAUUUAAAUAAAGAGUUUCUAAGCUGUAAGUGUCACCCUCUGGGACAGCACUAGCAGCUCCCACAUGGCAGCACAGGGCAGUGCUCUGGGAGCCUCUGUAUGAAUCUGCCUUUCCACCGCCUGAGCUGAGAAAUGCAAAAUAUUUAUUCCCCUCUUCCCUCCAGAAAGGGAAAAAAGGAUGAAAUGUUUUACAUUUACAUGAAGGAAGAGGUGAGGGCCUUUUCCCACCCUCACGGGAGUUUGCAGGUUGGUUAAAUGCAAGGGAAGAUGCUGUUGGGUGGCAGCUUGUGUCUUGGGAGAAAGCAGGUGAGGCCUGGGGCUGCUUCUUGGGUGCUCCCUGUGGCCACCGGCCUGGCUGCCUGUCUCCGAUGGGUGGGAUGAGGCUGGUGUGAGGGUCUGUAGAUACUGUGAGCUCCAGGGAUCAGGGAAAGCACACCGGUGCUGGUGGUUCCUCAGAAAGGGUGGGCUCCCAGCGAGCCUUGGCUGCAGUCCCAUUUAGGUGGCUCUAAAUGAGCUUUGCUUUCGGAAAGCUGGCUUUGACCUUUUGAACUGCUGACUUUCACGUCCUCCAGACAAACUGGGUUGUCCAGCUUGUGCCUCCCUUUCCUCUUUGGCGAAUCUGAUGCUCCCCUACCUCCCAAGGACACUGAAAGCAGCAGUGACAAGGAGACCGCUGUGCCAUAGCUGUGUGCUUGCAUAGCAAAUACAUUAUUGCUGUUCCCCGACAGCAUCCCUUAACCUGUUUAUAGCGGAGGAUGAUGCAUCUAUUCAAAGCAGCAGCAUUUCCUUGACCUUAAAGAUGAGAAAACAUAGAGCUGAUGCUGGCUGCAUCUGCUGCUUUCAGUGCACGGCGAUCUGGCGGGUGCCUUGCUGCACCAUCCUUUGCUUUACGUCCCGUUGUGUCCUCCCUGGUGGCUGCGGGUCGGGGAGCAGCACUGCUGGCUCAGCAGGCUUUGCUCGGGUGGCAUCGCAAGCUCCCCAGAAAGCUUUGGGAAUGAAAAGCCGGUCACAGCUCUUUGUUUGCAGAGGGUUUGUUUAAUGUUCAAGCAAUGAAAUGGGAAACGCCGUGCAGGCAACCAGGAAACCAGUUGUCAUUUAUGGCUUUCAGGGUGCUCAUUGGGUUCACGUCCCAGUGAUUUUCUUGGGUUUUUUGCUUUUCUGGAAAACUUCCCAAGAGUCUGCAUUAAGCAGCUAGAACCCUUUGAGAACUUCUUUAUAUUCAAUUUUUCAGGUGGUGUGAAAGCGCAAGGAGAGAUCAGAGUCGUGUUUGAAUGCUGAGGUGGUAGUUCUUGGGGCAGUGGGAGCAGAAAUGUCACCAUUUCGGCUUUCUCCCUGUGUUACAGCCCGAGCGGUGCUCGCCAGUGUCGCAGCUUCCUCUAGUGGCCACGCUUGAAAUGGUUUCGGAGGAGAAACCAGUAUUGGGUUGAAAGGCGAGGAGGACAUCCGAGUUGGUGUUUUCUCAUUCCUUCAGUUCUUUGAUUUGGGUGAUGGGCAGGAGGGAUCCCUUCUGAUAGCUCUCUGGAGUCUUUCCUUGGUACUGUUUUCUUUUGGUUGAAAAUUUUAUUUAUGCAGUUUGUUGUAUUUUUACGGCACCUUGUAAAGAAGGAUCUUACAGAUUUUGCUUUGAGCCUUACAUGCAAGUUUGCUGGACUUUUCCAAUGGAUGCAUACUAAUAUACAUGUGCAUGCUUACUUGGAUGGGAAACUAAACCAGGGAUACGGAAUGACUCCUCCUAUCCCCUCAACCAUGGAAUAUCCCCCAAAGCAAAGACCACCUCCACAGAGCAGGAUACCCCACCCUUUGUGGCUGCAUCCAUAAAUCUGGUUUUGAGUUAAGAAGGAUUCAUCCAGGGUUCUGUGCAUCCAACUGAUGCCACACAGGUGACCAGGAGGAAACAAAUGAGCACGUGUACAUCUGAAACCUGCCCUGGAGUUAGUCCCUGAAGCUGAGUUGAAGCUGUGAGAUCUCUUGCUCUCCCAAGCUUACUUCUGCAAGGCAGAUGGUUUGCCUCCACGUUUUGUCUGUGAAUUGGUAACUUGGACAAAGGAGCUGUGUUCAGUCAACUAUUGCGUUUGCUGAGACUUUGUUUGGUUCUGAAAAAAGGGUUUAGGCAGCAAAAUGAAGCUGGUCUGGGUAAUGGCUAGGACCUGGCAGCACGAGCUCAGCUGUUGGUUCACGUACUUGGCUGUGGAGCAGGUUUGUGUAGCCCCCACUGGGGACUGUAUCGCAUCUUCGCUGGUCUCCUUCCUCUGCUCGUGCGAUUGAAGUUCAAGGGAUGACUUGGUAAGCAGCCAUGUGCUAUGCAGAGAGAAUUUGACUGUCUUAACCUUUUUAAGUGGUUCUUGUUUGAGUUUUGAGUUAAUCAAUCAGACUUCUUCCCCUGAUAUUUCUUCCCUGGUGAAUGCAUAAAUGGAUCUUUAACCCUUCGCUUUCCCAAGAACCUGUUGGUAGGAAUAUAGCUUCUCCUGGCACUUAGUUGUCUUUUAUCGUGGGAGGGUUAUUUGAUUUGUUUUUUCUUUUAACCCAUUUUAUGUGCCUGCUUUUCCCUCAGAGAGGGAGGUUGGAAUAUCUGUGACCUGUACCUGCCUUGCAGGGAGAGGAUGGCAGAGAGGCUGGAUUGUGAGGGUUAAAGGAUCAAUAUUUCUGUAAAGAGACUCGAAUGUGUUAGUUACUACCGAAGUAUUGUUAUUUUUAUUACCUAAGCCAUGCUGUUCACUGGGAGAAAAAAACAAACCAGAGCUUGGUAUUACAGCUCUCUGUUCUCUUGGCCAUUUUCUCCUGAAGUCUUUCCUCUGUCUCUCCAUGUGACGCUGCUCAGCCCUCUUGGGUGGUAUCUUGACUGUGAAGUAUCAUUAAUGAAUGAUCGUUAAUGAACGCAUUGCCUAAAUUCAGCUUCUGGGAGGGCUGCCAUCAGUCUUUCUGGGAAGUUUGUCUUUCUCCCAAACUUGGCUCAUCUUGAAAUGCCGCACACAGGUAGCAGAACAGGUUUAGAUUCCUGUUACCGAAGAGGACCAAAGGUGAAUACAUUAGUGGAAAUCCUGAGAGCUUUGAAGUUUGCAAUUACAGGCCAGGGUAUGGAAAAGGCUAAUUGUAAAGAAGGGAUCUAAUUUGUUUUUCUUCCAUAAGUGAAUGUGAUUUUACAGUUGAAAGGCCCAGAUGCAUCUGUGUUGUCUCAAGCUUUCCUCCCAUGCGAUUCUCCUUGUUGUUACUUGUACUGGUGUCUUUGAUACUGAACAUUUCUGAUAUGGCAGAAAAACAAAGGUGCUUCGGGGCUCUGGCCACCGGGGAUUCAGUUGCUCUGACCAGAGGGGUUGAUCUUGCUGUGUAAUUGCUUCUUCAGGUUAUUUCUAUGGAUAUCCAUUCAGUCCUUCUUUAUAUCUCAUCCAGGUGUAACCUUACAGGUGAAGAACAACAGCAGUGCGAUGUGACCUGAGGAGUGCUCAUGUCUUACAUUAAUGUGCACUACGAAUGUAUACAGAAUAAAUGGAAUAUGAUGAUUA